GAAGAGAGGGAAGAGGAAACUACAGGCAGACUGAGAAUCAUCUCUGACUGGUUUUAAUUGCAGUUUUCUUAACAUCUGCUUCCUUUCCACAGUUCUCUUAUGGAUGCAGCAAAGCCUGGGAUCAGAAGGCUUGCUAGAAAGAUGUGUCUGUGUGUGUAAAGCAGUUACGCUGUUUCGUUUAUUUUUACAAGAAAUUCUCUCUUUUGCAUACAAAGCAAUAGCGUAGCAGUGGGCAGCUGCUCUCUUUAUACUGCACAGAAAUAAUCUAUUAUUUGUUUGAUCUGUGGAUGCCAUGGCAACGCUGAACGCUGUCAAGGUUUGGAGCAGGUUUUUAGUUAUUGUGAAUUAGCACGUUGUACUGAAGUGUGAGCAGUGACCCUGCUCCCAGCAAAGGCGGGUUGGUGCUGAGGCUGUGACACUGUACCCCAGCAGCCUCAUGUACAUCCAUAAAAAAUAAGGAUGUGUCUGGUGGAAUUUUAAUUUUUUUAAUAAAAGCAAUGCUGUCUUCGUGUAUAGAGUAACUUAAAGCAAGUCACAUUGCUUCCAGGAAUACCUCGUUGUUUUGGCACCAUUUCUGUGGUCUUAUUUCAUUUAUUUCGUUCAUGUAUUUAGUUUUUACAACCUGAGUAGGCAGAGCACUGCUUUGUGUGCAGUGCUAGCUAAUGAGGCAGUCACUGAGAAAAAUGUAGCCUAAAACAAUGACUUUUACUGAUACCAAACAUAAACUGUUGUGUCUCAAACUCCUAGGCAAUCCUCACUGCUUAAAAGCACCAAGUAUGAUUAAUUAUUAUUAUUCUCUGGCAAAAUAUGGGCUGAAGCAAUUGAAUGAAGGUGUUUUAAAAUAUAUUCUUGAGUUUUGUUUUACAACUGCAAGUGUGUUUUGAGGACUGAAUUGAGGAGUUGAAACCUCGGUGUUUUAACAGAAAACUUGCUACUCCUGAUACUUUCCUUCUGUAGUUAACAAGGAGUUACUGUGGGACACUGAGGAAAUUUCCUCCUGAGGUGGCAUUAAACAAGGCUGUAAUGGGAACAGGGAAGGACCUACACGUGUUCAGAACUGAGGGAAUACCCCACACUAGUGCAGAAGAAAAAUAAGCUCUCAUUUCAGGGAUAGUCCAGUUAUAGACUUAUGGAAUGAGUAAUUUAUUGGGGAGAUAUAUAUAGAGAGAUUUGUAUAUAUUUAGGUGCAUAUAGACACAUAUACACACAGACACACUAAUCCAAACACUUCCCCUGGUUUUCUCCCUGUGAAUUUACACUAUGUGGGAGUUCUGAUGCUGUUCACCAUCAGCAACUAGAUGAAGGCUUAGAUAAGGCUGCUGGUGUUGUCAGAUGCUGGAGUUCCUGGUUUAUAAAUAUUUCCAGGGAAAACCUUUGACCACAGACACAGAUCUUCCUCUGUACCAAAAAAACUUUUAAAGGAAGAAACUAUCCCAGAUAGAAACAAAAUAGGGUUGUUUUUUUCUCCUGGGAUGACUUUGUUUUUGGGAAGUUUCUUGGAUUCCUUCCAGGUAGAUUGUCAAGUGUUUUCCAGCUUAUCCAAAAUAUUUAUGGGAGUCCCUAAUGCUCUUGCAGGUGGUUCCUUGUGCUGACUUGCAUGUUGUUGUUUCUUUGAACGAAGCAGUUAGGGAGAUCCAGACUGCAAAUGUAUCCUUUUCCUAAUAGCAGCGUUCCUGGGGUUGUCACCUAUUGAUAAAAGAUUUGUUAUCACCAGAGGAGCAGGAGGAAUGUGUAGGGUUUGGAUGUAUGAGGCAACCAGGGUUGUGUAGGACCUGGAAUACUUUCCCACAGGUACUCUGGAUCUCAAGAGAGUUAAAGAAAUACUUUGAUACAAAUCUGCUCUGAGGGAAGGAUGAGCUCGUGAUUCGUCUCAACUGAAAACUUCCUUCAUCCUCCCACCAAAUUCUGUUGUGACACUUUUGGGCCGGAAGCAAGAAAGGGAUCGAGGAAGUUUGAAGAUAAAUCUGAUGCUGUGUUUGAUAUUACAGACAAAUGUGGUGAAAUUCUGGACGCAGAAAUGUCUGAGGACACUGACAACUUAACACCUGCCCUGGACAGCUUAUCUUACGGGAUAUCGAAUCGAACAGGAGCUGAGAACUCCCUGCAGGGUGAUGAUCAUGAUUAUUUUCUGAACUCUGGGGAUCUUGCAGGCAUACCUGUUGUUGGGAGUGACAACGAAGAGGAGCAGAAUUUCACUCCAAAGGACACUCUUUCCUCAGCAAUUCCCAAUGAAGAUCAUCUGGACGAGGGCAAGAGAGUUCCAGAACAUGAGUUGGACAGUGAGAAGGAAAUUCAGAUGCAGAAUGCAAUCCAGAAGGAUCUCCCUUCCCCCUUUGAGCAGGGCCCUGUAUUUAAAUCCCAUCGGAAGGAUUUUAGCGUAACACGAGAUAACGGCAAAGAGACUUUUUCAGCAAAGGAUAAGAAUAGAGAAGGACAUUUUCAAGAACAUGAAAAACGGUUGGAAAAAGUCCCUAAAGAUAUGGAUUCUAGGUUGAAAAGCAGUUUUCUUGACAAAGCAGUUCAUAAUCAAGUAGAAGAAACAUUACGGACGCAGUUAGCGCCACAAACUCCAGAAACUAACUUCAGGGAGUCUAGCUACCUAUUUUCUAGUAAGGAAUCUAUUGGACAAGAGCUGGGGAGUUCCUUUGCACGAAAUAUUAGAAUUAAGGAGGAGCCUUUGGAUGACGAAUAUGAUAAAGCUAUGGCCCCACAGCAGGGACUGUUAGACAAAAUUAAAGAUGAACCUGGUAAUUCUGAGGAGUACGGCCAACAGCCAAAAUCUCAGGAAGGGGAGCUGAAAAUCAGUGCUGUAUUUUCAGUCAGUGGCAAUCCUGUUGCUCCACAGCUGUCAUCAGGUUUCCAGCCUGCUGUGGCAUCCUCUGGCAUGAGCAAAAUGCUCCCUUCAGUUCCAAGCACAGCUGUUCGGGUUUCCUGUUCUGGCUGUAAAAAAGUCCUGCAGAAGGGGCAAACUGCCUACCAGAGGAAAGGCUCGACCCAGCUCUUCUGCUCCACACUGUGCCUCACUGGAUACACCACUCCAGCUUCUCGCCCACCAGCUUCUACCAAGAAAACCUGCUCAAGCUGCUCAAAAGAAAUUCUAAACCCAAAGGAUGUAAUCACUGCCCAGUUUGAUAACACGGACUCCAGUAGGGAUUUCUGCAGCCAGUCUUGUCUGUCCACGUAUGAACUGAAAAGGAAACCCGUUGUCACUGUCCACACCAACAGCGUUUCCAGCAAGUGCAGCAUGUGCCAGAAGAACGCAGUGAUCAGGCACGAGGUGAAUUACCAGAACGUGGUGCACAAGCUCUGCAGCGACGCCUGCUUCUCCCAGUUCCGCUCGGCCAACAACCUGACCAUGAACUGCUGUGAAUACUGUGGGGGGUACUGCUACACUGGCUCUGGGCAGUGCCACAUCCUGCAGAUAGAGGGACAGUCCAAAAAGUUCUGCAGUUCCAUAUGUGUGACAGCCUACAAGCAGAAGUCAGCUAAAAUCACACCCUGCACACUGUGUAAAUCUCUGAGGUCUUCAGCCGAGAUGGUGGAGAGCACAAAUAACGUGGGGAAAACGGAAUUGUUUUGCUCUGUGAACUGUUUGUCAGCAUACAGAGUAAAAAUGGUCUCUUCUGCAGGUGUCCAAGUUCAGUGCAACAGCUGUAAAACCUCAGCAAACCCUCAGUAUCACUUGGCUAUGUCGGAUGGGAGCAUUCGCAAUUUUUGCAGCUACAAUUGCGUAGUGGCUUUUCAGAAUUUGUUCAACAAGCCUUCAGGGCUGAAGUCCUCGGUGGUGCCGCUGUCGCAGGGUCAGGUCAUCGUGAGCAUCCCCUCGGGGACGGCGGUGUCGGCCGCUGGCACCACCUCCACGGUGACCUCCAGCUCCACCAGCACCUCAGCUGCUGCAGGGCUCCAGAGACUGGCUGCCCAGUGCCAGCAGGUCACUUUUACCCGCCCCGUUGCAAAACUCAAGUGUCAGCACUGCAACAGAUUGUUUGCAACCAAACCCGAACUGCUUGACUACAAGGGUAAAAUGUUCCAGUUCUGUGGGAAGACCUGCUGUGAUGAGUAUAAGAAAAAGAACAGUGUGAUGGCUUUGUGUGAAUACUGCAGGUUUGAGAAAAUUAUCAAGGAGACAGUGAGAUUCUCAGGCUCAGAUAAAACAUUCUGUAGUGAAGUUUGUAAACUGCUCUAUAAGCACGACCUGUCGAAGCGCUGGGGAAACCACUGUAAAAUGUGCAGUUACUGUUUACAGACUGCCCCCAAGCUGGUCCAGAAUUACUUUGGGGGGAAAGUGGAGGAGUUUUGCUCCGAGGAGUGCAUGUCUAAAUUCACAGUUCUGUUUUACCAGAUGGCAAAGUGUGAUGGUUGUAAGAGGCAAGGAAAACUCAGCGAGUCCAUAAAGUGGCAAGGGGAGAUGAAGCAUUUCUGCAACCUGCCUUGUAUCCUGCUGUUCUGUAAACAGCAAAGUGUUUCUGACCCUCCACCCCCAAACAACACAGCAAACCUUUCCAUGGCACCUGCCUCCUCCUCAGGCCCUCCUUCUUUGAGAAAGGACUCAACCCCUGUCAUAGCAAACGUGGUGUCCCUUGCAAGCACCCCAGCUGCCCAGCCUACUGUUAACUCCAACAAUGUCUUACAGGGUGCAGUCCCUACUGUGACAGCAAAAAUAAUAGGAGAUGCAAGCACCCAGACAGAUGCCCUGAAGCUCCCAUCAUCAAAACCACCCAGACUUCUAAAAAACAAAGCUUUAUUGUGCAAGCCAAUCACACAGACUAAGGCCACCUCCUGCAAACCUCACACACAAAACAAAGAAUGCCAGACAGAAGCAGCACCUGUUCAGCCCCAGAUCGUUGUGGUACCUGUUCCUGUCCCAGUGUUUGUGCCAGUGCCCCUCCACCUCUACACUCAGUACACACCAGUUCCCCUGGGGAUGCCAGUACCUGUACCAGUUCCCAUGCCCUUCCCAACUACCCUGGAUAACGCUGAUAAGAUCAUUGAAAAUAUUCAGGAUGGCAAGGAAAAGAUUUCCAUAAAUCCAUUUGAAGCUGAUCUCCUUCAGAUGGCGGAAAUGAUUGCAGCAGAUGCGGAGAGAGAAAAAACACACUCUCAUGGUGGAUCUCAAACAUCUGAGCACGAGCUCUUCCUGGACCCCAAGAUAUUUGAGAAAGACCAGGGCAGCACGUACAGCGGAGAUCUGGAGUCAGAGGCCGUGUCCACUCCACACAGCUGGGAGGAGGAGCUGAACCACUACGCCCUACGAUCCAACGCCCUGCCAGAGCCCGACCCAGAGCUGAAGCAGUUCUCCAAAGGGGAGGUGGAGCAGGACCUGGAGGCCGAUUUUCCAUCAGACUCAUUUGACCCUCUCAGUAAAGGACUGGGCUUGCAGUCACGGUCGCGGGCAAGGCGGAGACACAGGGACGGCUUCCCACAGCCAAAAAGAAGGGGACGGAAGAAGUCUGUAGUGGCUGCGGAGCCCCGGAAUCUGGUGCAGGGCUCCUACCCCGGCUGCUCCGUGUCUGGGAUGACCCUCAAGUACAUGUAUGGGGUAAACGCCUGGAAAAACUGGGUCCAAUGGAAAAACGCGCAGGAGGAACAAGGGGACCUGAAGUUUUCAGUUCAUCCUGUGAAGCUCAAGGAGGACAUUCUCUCAUGCACUUUUGCUGAGCUGAGUUUUGGCUUGUGCCAGUUUAUUCAAGAGGUGCGGAGACCAAACGGAGAAAAAUAUGAUCCUGACAGCAUCCUGUACUUGUGCCUUGGAAUUCAGCAGUACCUAUUUGAGAAUGGUAGAAUAGACAACAUUUUUACUGAGCCCUAUUCCAGGUUCAUGAUUGAACUCACAAAACUGUUGAAAAUCUGGGAACCUACGAUCCUUCCAAAUGGUUACAUGUUCUCAAGAAUCGAGGAGGAACACCUGUGGGAGUGUAAGCAGCUGGGUGCAUAUUCCCCCAUCGUUCUAUUGAACACCCUUCUGUUCUUCAACACCAAAUACUUCCAACUAAAGAAUGUCAGUGAGCACCUGAAACUGUCCUUUGCCCACGUUAUGAGGCGCACCCGAACUCUCAAGUAUAAUACUAAGAUGACAUAUUUACGUUUUUUCCCACCCUUUCAAAAACAAGAGGUAGAAUCAGAUAAAUUAUCCGUAGGCAAAAGGAAACGCAGUGAAGAUGAGGAGGUUCCAACAGCAGUGGAAAUGGCUGAGAACACAGAAAAUCCCCUGCGAUGUCCAGUCCGACUUUAUGAAUUUUACUUAUCAAAAUGCUCUGAGAGCGUGAAGCAGAGGAGUGACGUGUUCUACCUGCAGCCCGAGCGCUCCUGCGUCCCCAACAGCCCCAUGUGGUAUUCCACAUUGCCCAUAGACCCAGGAACCUUGGACAUCAUGUUAACACGGAUUCUUAUGGUGAGGGAGGUACACGAAGAACUUGCCAAAGUCAAAUCAGAGGACUCUGACAUUGAGUUAUCAGACUAACUGAAGCGGGGUAUUUUCCUUUGAAUACGCAUCAGAAGCACCAAAAUGUGAAUACGUCCAGCCUUUGGAAAAUGUGUAUCAAAUAGGCCAAGAAAAUGUCACCUACGGGCAGAUUUUGUACCACAGUGGAUGUACAAACUGGAACUGGAAGGAAGCAAGCUGUGUAAGCUGCAAAACCCAACGUCCUGUGGCACCGAGCGGUCCUCGGAACAAAUCCAAGUGGAACUCACCUAUUGGAGCGGUGCAUAAAUCCUUUAUCUGUUUAGGAUUUUUUUAAAAGUCGUGAGAUGUUUUUAAGGCAAAUGGUUGUGUAAAAUCUCCCCUCACGCUGUUGGGCACGGAGAGCGUGGCUCAGGUGACUCCCCAGCCUGCUGGCUGGCAGUCCUUGCUGCCAAAGAACACAAGGAUCUUCCCAAGGAUCCGAGAGAAAGGGGUGAGGUUUAGACAAGCAGACACCUUCCGUUAUAAAUACACCUACACACACAAUUUUACGAUUUUUUUUUUGGAAUCUGGGAUCAAGUGUUAGGAAGGCAGGAGCCACUGGCCAUCCCCAUGGACAGCUCUGGCUGCUGGGGGAGGGCACACGAGGCUCUCACUCUGCUCUCUGUGCUGGAGGUCAGGCGGUGGGGGGAUGUACAGCAGGUGGUCCUGGGCUCUGUGCAGUCCCUUCCCCAGCCCUGCAGUCUGUCCACAGAGUCCAGCCAGUACUGUGGUGCACAGAAAGGUUUUUACCCUUAAGGCAGCUUUCCUUUCUCCUCUUUCCCUCCCCCUGCUGUUCGGGUUGUUUUGUGAGGCGAAUCUGGAGAGGGCUUUGUCGUUUCAAACAGAAAUACACACACAUUCUUUCUCUUUCCACCUUUGCAACAUGGGCAGUGUUGUACAAAGGAUGCAGUAUUACUUCUGACACCAGAACUGUGGUAGACAAUAACCAUGUGUGUUUUUUUUUUCCCACCCCACCCAAAGAGAUUUAGUCAUAGUGUUGGAAACUGAAAGAGAUUACUUUAAGGCUUGGCUGUUAACUGAGUCUUUUGGAAGAGAAAAGCUCCCACGUGGUGUUUAAAGGACAGGACAUUAUCAGAUACUCUCUGUAGCUCUGUUAUCUCAAGCUCUAGAUGUGUGUUUCUGAUGAGCAGUGGUCACAAAUUCAUUGGAAACCCAAACUAUUUUUAAAGAAGAGAAUUGUAUGGUUUUUACCUAGCUCUGGUCAGUUAUCCAUCUUCUGUAACAGGGGUCUGAUAUUUGAGCUUGUCACUAAAAUUUCAAGAGAAAAAAAUCAACAGCCUUGAAAUAUAUUUCCAUUUUGUUUUGGUUGGUUGGGUUUUUUUGUUUUUUAAUUAUUUUUUUAGCAGUUACAAAAGUAAUUUAACAAAAAUAAAAUCAGAAAGUAGUCUGUUGACGUUGUGUACUCGGUAGUCCUGUCCCCUGCCUGUAACAGAUUUCACUGAUGUAUUUUUUAAUACAGAAAAUUAUGUGAAAAGUAAAACCUGCCCCUGAUUCUGUCUGAUCAAAGCCCACCCGUGUCUGUCAUUUCUGAGCAAAGAUUCUGCUUUCUCCGUGGCCUGGCCUGCCCAGGGGAGAUGUUUCGGCCGUGCCCCGGCACUCAGGGAUGCUCCUGUGGGCUCAGUCCUUGUCCAUGAGCACUGACCUUGUAGUUACAGUGAACAGUGAAAUAGCAGGCACAGAGCUUUGGAUUGGGAUGGUGGAUGGAGCAUCCCAGGGACAGCAAAGUCAUUCUGUAGGGCGUUAAAGGUCCGAGGGUGUCCCUAGGAGAGGGGGAACCUCCAGGAAUUCCUCUUUCCUGGGCAUCCCCUCCACGGGUGCAGCUGCUGGGGGCUGCAGCAAACUGCCCCUGGCUGCUCCCUGCUUCCCUGCCCCCCUGGAAUGAGCAGGGGAGCGCUGAGGACACAGGCUGUGGGGAGGGCAGGCUUUCCUUGGGUGGUCUGAAAAACAGUCCCACAGCUGAGCAUUCCCUUAACAGGCAUUAACAGAAAUAUUCCCACAGAAUAACGUAGGACAUUUGUACCUCACCAGUAAAAACACUCUUUUCUUCCUCUGAAGACCCUCACUGUUUCUUGCCUGGGAACACUUUCAGUUAGGUUUUUUUCCAGGUACUGUGAAUGAAAACUGUUUGCCUUUCAGAUUCUCUCAGCAGGGAAACGAAACCGAAGUUGUUUAACAUUGUGUAAACUCCUUUUACCUGGUGGCCCUGAGAUAAGGAACGUUUCAGUGCAGUUCUGUGGUAAUAAUUAACACAAGUACUUUCACUUUCACUGCUGCUUGGAGGCCCUUUGGCACUGGUCAACCUUGUUCAGGGUCUGCCUGGGCAUUUUUUGCCUCCUGAGGGAUUUUUUGUCAGCCCAGCUCGAAUUCACACUGGUUCACAAGAAGGGUGAUUACCUUGAAGGAUUAAAAUAUGUUUGUAGAUCAUACAGGCUCAAAGUUCUGAUCACAAACUUAUUUUAAUCAACAUUUCUGACUCAGUCGCUGCGUGCCCAACACAGUCCAUUGAAUUUCUUUAAGGAGAAAAAUGCUGUAGUCUCGGUGUGGACAGAGAAGAAGCAAAGAUGGGUGUGAGAAGGAAAUAACCAAGAACUGGCCCUCAAUGUACCAGCAGGUCCCAAUGUGGGAGGUGCUCUGACAAACCUGCAGCUCCAGCCUGGCCUUGGUCCCCUAAAGCAGAAAACUGAGGGUGCACUGAGAGCCACAGAACGAGGUGCAAAAGGAAGUUAAAUUGUCUUAGGAAUUGUUCUGCCAACUGCUGCUCUAAAAGAUGCCCUUGGAUUUCUCUGGAAUAGUCUCCAGCUCCUGAGAGACUUUAAAACAUAGCAAAGUCCCCCCUGCCACGUGUGCCGGGUGUGCUCUGCAGCAGGAGCUCCAGCGGGGCCUCUUCCCUGCCAGGUCACAGAGGUGACCCUGGCUCUGCAAUAAAACCUUUGGUUUUUUGAUAGCAGGAACUCUCCUCAGUCCCCUGAGCAGUAGUUUCACUGUUGCCUUAACAAGCACACCUGAACAAAUGCUCGUGUAUCAGAUGAUCCUGGAGCUCGUAACCGCUGGGCGGGGUUGGAGAUUGGCUCCCCUGGCACAAACAGGUUCCUCCCCAAUUUUCCUUCAAUGUAUCAUCCAUUUUAAACAUUUCAGAGGCAAUAUUAAGAGUUUCUGUCUUUGUAACAAAGAGCUGCUCCCUGGCAGAACGAGCCCUGAGCAUCAUCAGCCUUGUAAGGAUUGAAUGGUUUGGCGCAUGAUUGUGUCUGUUACCAAGUUCACUCCAGUCAUUUUCUUUAGGUGGAUUUUUUAAACUAAGGAAGAAGUUCUUGAGUCUGACCACUGGCACAAGCAGUCCCCCUAACUUCAUGCCAUGGCACCUGGCUGAGCUGUGAGAACUUGCCCUUUUAUCUUCAGUUUUCCCACACACACACUCCCAAGACACUUUCCAGAAUGUUUCUAUUGUGCUGUGCUUUCUGAGGGAACAAUUUUGGACAUCCCAGGAAGAGCAAGUGUGGCAGAGCAGCCAUUGCAGGGUGCUGGGAAGGUGCUUUGAGCAGGCAGGUAAUUGAUGGUACGUGGCAAAAAACUAAUAUAAAUGUUGAAGUGUCUGAGAUUCAUAGUUUUAUAUUCAAAACAUCUCGCCCUGGGGGUCCUUGAUGCUCAGCCACUGGCACCGGUACUGGCUCUGCUCCAGGGCAUGUUGCACAGUUGUAGAAGGGUUUUUAAAGUCAUAAAGGCUCAAAGGAACCCCAGCAGCUUGGAUUCUCCUAACCACAGAACUCAAAUGUCCCUUGGACAUCACAUUCCCUAAGCUGAUGGAUUUUCAGCAGAGGUUCGGCUUUUAUUAAAGAAACAAAACCUGAGAUACCUGACUGUCACCUGCCAGGAGGGAAAAGGGAAUUUAGGGCAAUGAAACAGUGAAGUUAGACAGCAUCACACCCCAAAUCUCAAAAUGCAUCCCAAGGGCACGAUUUUAGUCCUGGCAGAUCCAUGUGGAUGUGAGUGGCACGAGUCACCCUGGCUUGGUUAACUCUUGGUUCUUAGUCAAUGAGGGGGCUUGGGCCUGCGAGUCCUGGACUUUUUAUCCUCUCUCCUACAUAUUUGCAACACAAAAAGCCAGAACCAGUUGAAAAGGUCUUUUUGACCUGCUGGGAGCCAGGCAGCUGCUUUGGAGAGAAGGGUGAGGGUGAUGGCCCCUGACCUUCCUCCCCGGUUAAGCCACCCAGCCCAGGCUCCAGCAUCCACUUCCCUGUGGGAUUCACUGCUGUUGGAUCAAUGAUGCCUCACGUCUCGUCCCUUCCAAUCUGUACCUGGGUUGUACCCUCUGUGAAUUGGCCAGGCUUUCCUACCUCGUUUUGGGCAUUAUGAGGCAGAAUUCCAUAGGAUGCUUUGCAGCCCCGUGAUGAAAGGUGCUAUAUAACUGCAAAGUGUUACUUCAAAAGAUGUAACUAGGUCACCAGUGCAUCACAACCUAUAUUAAAAAGACUUUUUCUUAUAUGAGAAUUCAUAGAGUUCAAUGUAUGGUAAUAAUAAGUGAAUUACUGAGACCCCAAAAUAGUUUUUGUUUCAGUUGUAUCUGUACUCUGGAAAAGUGAUUAAAAACCUUUAACCUCA